AUGUCUGACUACAACGGAGGUUACAACAACUACAACAGUGGCUACAACAACUACAACAACCAAGGCAGCUACAGAAACGACCGUAACGGUGGAUUCAGAGGCGGCAGAGGUGGCCGUUUUGGCGGAAGAAGAGUCGAUGAGAGAAUCGAAUUGACCACUCCUGAAUGGGACUUGGACUCGUUGCCAAAGUUCGAGAAGAACUUUUACACAGAACACCCAGACGUGGCUGCACGUUCAGACGCCGAGGUUGCUGCUUUCAGAAAGGAACACGACAUGACCGUCGAGGGCCAGGACAUUCCAAAGCCAAUCACUUCUUUCGAAGAGGCUGGUUUCCCAGACUAUGUGUUGAGCGAAGUUAAGCAACAAGGCUUCCCAAAGCCAACUGCCAUCCAGUGUCAAGGUUGGCCUAUGGCUUCGAGCGGUAGAGACAUGGUGGGUAUUGCCUCCACUGGUUCCGGUAAGACUUUGUCUUACUGUUUGCCAGCUAUUGUGCACAUCAACGCCCAGCCCUUGUUGAAACCAGGUGACGGACCAAUUGUGUUGAUUUUGGCUCCUACCAGAGAGUUGGCUGUGCAAAUCCAAACAGAAUGUUCCAAGUUUGGUUCUUCUUCUAGAAUCAGAAACACCUGUAUUUACGGAGGUGCUCCUAAGGGUCAACAGGUCAGAGACUUGGCCAGAGGUGUGGAAAUCUGUAUUGCCACUCCAGGUAGAUUGAUUGACAUGUUGGAAACCAACAAAACAAACCUUAGAAGAGUCACAUACUUGGUUUUGGACGAAGCCGACAGAAUGUUGGAUAUGGGUUUCGAACCUCAGAUCAGAAAGAUCGUCGACCAAAUCAGACCAGACCGUCAAACUUUGAUGUGGUCUGCUACCUGGCCUAAGGAGGUCAAGAACUUGACCAGAGACUACUUGGUGGACCCUAUCCAAGUUACCAUUGGUUCUUUGGAAUUGUCUGCUUCUCACACAAUCACCCAAUUGGUUGAGGUUGUCAGCGAAUUCGAGAAGAGAGACAGAUUGCUCAAGCACUUGGAAACUGCCACUGCCGACAAGGAAGCCAAAUGUUUGAUUUUCUGUUCUACCAAGAGAGCUUGUGACGAAGUCACUUCUUACUUGAGAGGAGACGGCUGGCCUGCUUUGGCCAUCCACGGUGACAAGGACCAAAAUGAGAGAGAUUGGGUUUUGAGGGAAUUUAGAUCGGGCAAAUCGCCUAUUAUGGUGGCCACCGAUGUGGCUGCCAGAGGUAUUGGUAUGUGUUUUUGA